AUGGAGCAGUGGGGUUGCUACGGUAGCAGGGAGGGAGAUGAUGGGAUGGAUAGGGACAAUGCGGAUGACGACGAUGCUGCAUCGUCAGCUGCGGACGAUGAUGGUUCUAACUUGAAGAAUGAUGAGCAUCAUCCUCAUAACGAUGAUGAUGGUGGUGAAGCCGAACGUGUUGGUUUGAAACGUGUGCAACUCGAGAAGACAAAGGAGAAUUGGAGGAGCAGCAUCAUCACCUGGGCGGCUGGUAAUCAGCAUGAUCAUGCCGCUGAUCAGAGGGGACCCGGCACGGGGCCAUCUCGUGCUGUGCCUAACGCACAAGCACUCACUGCUGCUCGUGAUCUGCCUACAUUCGCUCCUGCAUCAUCAUCAGGAGGAACAGCAGGAACGGUGCCAGCGCCGCAGCCGCCGCCAUCAGCAGCCGUAGCGAAAAACCCCUUAGGAGCUCGUGAAGCAGCACGCGGAGAGGAGGGAAGAAGAGCAGGAGAACAAGGAGCAGCGGCUGCAGCAACGGCUCUGCCUCUUGUUAAUUUGCCUGGACUGCCACAAAAUUCAUCAUCAGGCCUCUCUUUCUCAGCUGAUGCAACCUCAGGACAUUCCGAGACCCCGAUUGAGGAUCAUUUGUCUCCCUCGCUCUCCGCAUGCCUCUCCACUUCAUUGCUCGUGAGUGCACCCCGCUCGACUGGGAAGGAGGGUCAUUUAUGUACUAUGCCCCAGUUUACUGCGACUGCAAACUUGACAGAAACGGAGAGGCGAACUGCUGCAGCCGCCGUAACAACGGAUCUGGCAGCUCCGGCAGCAACAGCAGCAGUAGCAGCAGCAGCAGCAGCAGCAGCAGCAGCAGCAGCAGCAGCAGCAGUAACAGCAGGAACAGCAACGUUUGUUGACAAUAGGGGAGCACCAGGAGGUGACAUGAUGGGGCAAAAGGAUUUUGUCACUCCUACGUUCAAGGAUCUGGUACGGAUGGUGACAAAGCAAGGAUCGGCUGAGGCGGAAGCAGCACCAACAGAGGGUUUGGUGAAGCCAGGUCAGGCAGAUGGAAACAGAAGCGGCCGUGGUUUAUUGCCACCUUCAUCGAUUGAUUGGUUGUCUCCUCAGCCAGUGGUUACCAUGGUGGAGAGACCACAAGGAGAGGCACGCGAUGGACGUCUCUUCUACGCCAGUGCAACAGAGAGCAAGGCUAUCAUUGCAGCAGCUGGUCAAGGAUUCUGGCCAAUUGCUGAAGGAGGAGAGCAAGCCGCAGCUGCAUCUGAACCGGAGAAGGGGAUCGAAGCACACAAACGAGGAAGAGGAAUUGGUGGACCAAGCACGUGCGAGGGAUCUGCUGCUGCCGGCUCAUUGAGGCAACCGCAGGCUGAUGCCACUGGUAUGGUCGCAGUGUCUGGAGAUGCGAGGGAAGAAGAAGGAAGCGUGGAGCGGGACGGAGGGGAUAGAGGGGAAGGGAGAGUGGAUGAAAGGGGAGAAGGGGGUGUCAGUGGUGGCACGGUGCAUGGGGGCCGUUUCAAAUCGGCGAGAAACAUAGGUGGGGAGGAGGUAGCAAUAGAGGAAUACGCAGCGGGUGGUACUGACGGCGGCGGAAGCAGCAUCGACGGUGCUGCAAAGGUGCUUGCGGGUGUGAAGAUGUGUGGUGUGUGCAACAAGGUGUUUCUCUCAGGGCAGGCAUUGGGAGGGCACAUGCGGAAGCACUGGAAGGGCCCUCUCCGCCGCAGCACCAAGAGCGGCGUCACCAAGAGCGGCAGCACCAAGACACACAGGCUGGAGCUGAGCAGGUGCGGACAGGAGGGGUUGGGAGGAGAGCAGUGGGUGAGAUGCGAAGCGGUGUGGUAUUGGCAGGAGUCGGAGGAGGAAGAGGAGGAGGAGGAGGAGGAGGAGGAGGAGGAGGAGGAGGAGGAGGAGGAGGAGGAGGAGGAGGAGGAGGAGGAGGAGGAGGAGGAGGAGGAGGAGGAGGAGGAGGAGGAGGAGGAGGAGGGCAGCUGCGGUUGGCAGAAGGCAUAUUGGUGA